CAAGAUUCUCUUGCACGCGAAGCAUCUCUUCACAGGUUAACUUGUCACUCGAUGUUGAGCGUUGUCGUUCGUCGGACGUUGGUCUGUCGCUGGUGUCGCGAGUUGUCUUUCUGUUUUCUUCUGUUUAAUUUUUAUUUCCGUUCGUCCGAGCCGAAUUGGUGUUUUCUGAAAUACCCAAUCGCGAGUGUGGCCUGCAUUGUGCAAACUUAAUUUCGGGCGAAAAGUCGCAAAUCGUCCGCCCAGCCGGGGAUAGUUUUCAAACGGCCGAGCGAGUCCUCACGGCAGCCGCGUGUGGUUGUGUUUCCGCGGGCCCGGGCAACGAGUGCGCUAGUGUGCGCGGCUGAUUGGUGGCUUUUCACUUUGUCGUGGGCUUCCAUGCCGUCAUUGUCGCCGACUUUGUUUUCUUCUAACGGCUCGCCGUGACCACUGGCUUGGCCGCGGCCCGUACCUGCCCGGCUGCAUGCCAACUUCAGGAAUUUCGCUGUCAAGAAUUUUCCGGGACCCGCAGUUGCGCUGGAUCGCGGCGGAGUGGAUGUGUGACGGAAUUUUCAUUGUUUUUCCCUCGAACGUUGGCAGAGUGGUCGUUGCCUUGCCGAAUUCCGCCCAACCGAGGGACGCGAGUGCAGUUUUCACCUGAAAUUCUUCUGCUGUUUCCCAAACAAAUCGUGAAUUGGAUUCUUCUGUUGACGGAGUGAGUGUGCGAGCGAGGUACGGAUACAAGCAAAGUGCUGUGUGGGUGUCGAGUGACCGCUGACGGAGCGAGCGAUUUCUUUGACGACUGAAGCGAUCACUGUGAAAAGUUCAAAAGAAAACAACAAGCCCCAGUUCCUCCUGCCCGAGGUGUUGCUAGAGGAAAACGUUGCGCGAGUUAGACCCCCAAAAGUGCGGAUUAACGAUAGGAUCCGUUGGGUGUUCGGAUAAUCCCUCAAAGUGAUGCCAUCAGGUGGUUGAUCCGCUUUCGACACUGCCUGCGUCCUCAACGGGCAAAUCUGGAUUUAUUUUGCGUUCCGGUCAACAAGCAGCGCCUGCCUUCUGUGGAUUCGGAUCAAGGAAAUGUAAGUGAAUUUUGCAAUUGCUCAAUUACCCAGGGCCGCCUGCAUAUAAACUUGCGCUGUCCAGGGCUCGUGACUCAUAGCUACGUUAGUGAAUGUUAACUUACCGUUCGAACCCACCAAGAUAAGACUAUGCACGAAAAAAGAGGACAUUGACAAUGGGAUGAUUGGUGUUGAACGCGAUUGUGGUAUCGGGGCACCACAGCCAAGAUCCAUUACCAGUCAAAAUGAACUUUCCUCAUGUAUGAUGUCUACUUCGAUUACAUCGUCAUCAAACCCUCCGUCGAUCAAUUCCAACCACCAUCAGCCGUUGACCGGCCACAGACCACGAUCUGGAUCUGCUCGGGAACAAACAUUACAAGCUGUUGAAUACUACAACAGCAAUGUUCUGAAAGCACGAGUUGGGGCAGGAUUGUCUGCACCGCGAAACUCAGCCCAUGAACGACACUAUACAAGUCGCCCGACAAGUGCAGGCGGUACCAACGGCAACGGUAUUUCCACGCAAUGCAACGGAAAUCAACGACUCUAUGUCUAUCCAGAGCAUCUAUACAGGAGCAGUUCUAGUUUGGAGUUGCAACAUGAUCAGCACUCUAAUCGGCAACACGAUGCGAACGGAGGAGGCAGCAAUGGUGAGGCAGUGAAAUCGACGAGUGGCAGUGGGGGCAAUGGCACCUUAAGACGGGAGUAUGGGAGUCAUGGAUCUCUUGAUGUUAUAUCACCCUCAGCUACUUCGGCAACCACUAGCGAAAGUUUCUUUGCAAUGUUGCAAGACUAUCGGCCAGCAGUUCUCGGAGUUAUAGGAACAGACCAAAGAUCGCCGGGUCCGGCUGAAUUUCUUAAGGGAAAAUUAUUGGAUCAUCACCAGACAACGGCAGCAGGGUUAUUGCCGAAUACAAAACCGAAUGGAGAGUUAAGUUUACACCAAAGCAACAGUGACGAACAGAAUAAUUUGGAUCGGCCGACAAGUCCAAAGUUUCGAACAAAGUUACACCGACUUUGGGGUCCUGGAUCGGGAAAUGCUCCAAAAACCAAUAAUCAACCAAAUAAACCACCAGCUUUGACUUCUCCCACAGAAGAGCGUCUUCUCAUGAGCACAUAUUUAAGCGUAUCGUCAAACAUUUUAACAUCAAGCAUUCCAAACGUCAGCAGCACGAGUAUGGCUUCACACAGCGCUUCAACAAAUUCAGCAGACAUUGAAGAAAGACAAAGGAGACGCGCUUUUGCCCACUAUGAUUGCCAAAGUCUCACAGCCAACCUGGGCUAUGCAGCUAAAUUGAGAGGUCUUCUUCUGGCACGUAGGCGAAAUACAACCACCGGGGCCUCAGCGGCCUCAAUGAUGACCGCCCGCUCAGCUACACCUGAUGCUGAUAGUGGAGACGAAGACUUCGGAGAUGGACAAGCUAAUGAGUUACUUGAAAAUUGUCCAUACUUUCGAAAUGAAAUUGGGGGAGAGGAGGAGCGCGAGGUCAGUUUGACUCGAAUCCACAGUUCUUCAAUGAAAGCGGGCCAGCAACGAAGAGCUAUUCACAGGCCAACCCUAGCGUGCGGUGUUUCAAUUUUGGAGAGUUUACCUAAUGAGAGCUUGUGGAAGCAAACGUGCCCCUACCAGAAAGGACCGCGGGCAAUCGAAACUGUAGAUCAUGGAGCGCGUUACUACCGACAGUAUUUUCAUGGCGAAGACCACCAGAAUUGGUUUGGAAUGGACGAACAACUGGGGCCGGUUGCCAUUUCGGUUAAACGGGAGAAACUCCACGAAAGUGUGGAUAACACUUCCUCUCAUUAUCAAUAUCGUUUGAUUAUUAGAACUUCGGAACUCCUGACGUUGCGAGGCUCCAUUAUUGAAGAUUCAAUUCCAAAUCCCCGAGGCGUUGGCAAGCCUGUCACUACCAAAGAUGUUUUAGAAUAUGUUGCACCUGAAGUUCAGCUGAAUUGCCUACGUUUGGGUGUGAAUACGCCACAGUGUGAGCAACAAUUGAUGAAGUUAGACGAGCAAGGACUAACGAAUAAGUACAAAGUAGGAAUACUAUACUGUAAAGCAGGUCAAUCAUCCGAAGAGGAUAUGUACAACAACGAAGAAGCAGGGCCGGAGUUCAUUGAAUUUCUGAACACCAUAGGAAAGCGAGUCCGACUUAAAGGCUUCGAAAACUAUCGCGGCGGAUUGGAUAAUAAAACGGAUUCAACUGGAACACAUUCUUUAUACGCCACGUACCAAGACUGUGAAAUAAUGUUCCACGUCUCGACGAUGCUCCCCUUUACGCCCAACAAUCGACAACAAUUGCUUAGAAAGCGACACAUUGGGAAUGACAUAGUGACGAUUGUUUUCCAAGAACCAGGUGCACGACCAUUCACACCGAAGAACAUAAGGAGCCAGUUUCAGCAUGUGUUCAUCAUAAUUCAAGCCGUGAAACCUUUAACGGAAUCUACUUGUUAUAGGAUCGCUGUUUCACGAUCAAAAGAUGUUCCUGUGUUUGGACCUCCAAUACCAGCCGGGGCGACCUUCCCUCGUGGAAAACAGUUCGUUGAUCUGCUUUUAGCGAAAAUUAUAAAUGCGGAAAACGCCGCCCAUCGUUCAGAGAAAUUCGCUACAAUGGCAACCCGAACUCGUCAGGAGUAUUUAAAAGAUCUGACUAGCAACUAUUGCACCACGACGCUUGUCGAAACGGGCGCAAAGUUUUCUAUUUUUCCCAGUAAAAAGAAGGAGAAGGCUAAGCCCCGAUUUUCCGGAGAUGCCGUACAACGUGCGGCUUUCUGUUGGCAAGUCGUACUGCAAGACAGUGGUCUCUCGACGGCCGUCGACUGUUUCUUGGGUAUCUCGGCAGAUACUUUCGUCCUCAUUGAAGAAUGUAGCAGGCAAAUUGUGUUCGUGACUCCUACAAAAGCAGUUCUUGGGUGGUCAACAUCUGGUAAUUCGCUACGGAUUUAUCACCAUCAAGGAGAAUGUGUAACGAUUAACAUGAGAGAUUGCGGAGAGCGAGAUGAGCAAUUAGAAGUGAUUGAAAGGCUGAGAUCGGUGACGCCCGGGUGUGGUGCACUGGAAUUGAAUCUUCGGAGGAAUCCAAUGGGGCAGUUGGGGUUUCACGUGCAACCGGACGGAGUGGUGACGCAAGUAGAAACGUCCGGACAGGCUUGGGCAGCGGGGUUGCGACAAGGCUACCGAUUGGUUGAAAUAUGCAAAAUCGCAGUAGCCACUCUGUCACAUGACCAAAUGGUCGACUUGCUUAAGACUUCAGCUCAAGUAACCGUUACCGUAAUCGAGUCGUUUGCAGAUUUCACACCCCGCCGUGGGUGUUUCACACAGAAUUGCAAAUUCAAUGUCAUGAAUUAUGAAACUGAUUAUGAAAGUAAUAUUCCCAGCACAGAAGCACCAAUUGCAGUGAAAAGUUCAAAAAAAUCUUCAAAUGCGCAGCUACAACAACCUUCGGCUAAUCACCGGCGAAGGUACGAGAGGAAUUUCUCCCCACCCAGGUCAAGUAACAGUUCUGGCUAUGGGACCGGAAGCAGCUCCCGUUCAUUCAGUGUACCAAACGAGCAUAUACGACAAUUUACUGAUAUGGGCACAUUAACGAGCUCGUCUUCAGGACAUUCCUCGAACGACGAUCGCUGGUAUGAUAUCCUUGAAAAUGUAGUUGAUCAACACCCACAUCAUCAGUCCCAGCAACAGCAACCGGCGCAUCAUCCGCAACAACACCAUAUCAAUAGUAAUGCUGGCGGCCACCCAAAAUUGCUUGAAUCAGCCUCGCUACCAUUGAUGUCUGGCACACCACGUCCACUUUCAAUACACGACCCGACCAAAGUAUCGCUGACUAUCAACGAGCACAACCGGCCUGCUCCUCGAAUGGCCAAUGUUGAGUACUUGAUCACUAAGGCUCCUUCAACCCAAAUUCAUAAAUCAGUCGGAGAGGCAGAGCAUAUGCUGAAAAGUUUAAGUAUGUCAACGAACAAUGGCAACGAUACUGACACGAAUUCCAUCAAUCAUGAGCCGAUAUACAACAAAAGCAUAUCGACAGACGAUGAAAUCGCAACGGAUAUAUCACCACGUCUCCGAAGGUCUGUUACUUCCUCUAACAUUCAAAAAUUGAAGAGCGGAAGCGGCACUGUUUCUUCAUCUAAUUCGUCGAGCCGAAACAACAGUCCUCGACCUCACAGUGAAGCUUUGUCGACAUCUGUGGCAGCAAAACUCCGCCCAGGAGUCACUCAACGCAACCAUGCCCAUUUGCUUCAGAGAAAUAGCGUUAAUUAUGCGGGGAGCACUCUCCAGGAGGAUCUUAUGAAGCUUAUCAACCCUGAUUAUAUGACAGUCGACGAUAAUUUCAUUAACGGAAAUCACAUAAAAAACCAGAAGAACAUCGCCAAUAGUCACAGCCUGGGGAAUAUCUCGAAUAUUGGCGGUGGAUUAAAGGCAGCUCAACCAGCUGAAGAGUUUAUGCUUAAGAAUAAAUCUCGGUCUCGUGAAGGCAUCAACCUGGGACAACAACCUGUACCUGAACUUCGGAAGUCCGAUUCAAACACGUGCGACAGCGAGAAAGCUGAAGUGAUAUUCACCACAGCACGACCGGCGACAGUAAUUUCUCAGAACCCGGGCACCACGAUCCCGCCAGCCGGUGCGGAAAAUCAAAAAUCAUUAGAUGAGAAUAUAUUGUAUAUAAGCGAGGGAGGCGCCUCCAUCCCAGUAAAUCAAAGACGCAAUUCCGGUGCCAGCCAUCGAAAAAAAUAUGAACACGCCUCUUCGCAACCACUGCCACUUGUGCUCGACGCUCACGAAAUGGAUUGGUCGAGCCUCGUAGACACAGCAACGCGUGCUAUGAUGAUGCAAUUCCACGAGGAGCAACGGAAACUUGCCAUGGAAAACGGUCAACAGGCGGCCGGAGACGAUGCGAGCACAUCUGGAGCCAGCAUAAGUCAAAUUUUAGGAUCUCAAGCAAUGUUCCCUUCAAGUGGACCCCCCUCAAGUUCUGCCUCGUCACAGAAUUCGGUUGAACUGAUGGCGUCAAUGCCUGAAUUUCAAACGCAACUAACACAAUUGGAGGAUCGCAUGCAUCGCGAAACGCGACGCCGGAAAUCGUUAGAACACGCUGUUCGUCGCCUAACCGAGGAGAACCGGCGCUUGCAGGAUGAAAGCCAGGCCGCUGUUCAGCAACUCCGACGCUUCACUGAAUGGUUUUUUCAAACCAUCGAUAGGCAAUCAUGAUUUGGGGUUGCAGAAAUGAAAAGCAAAACGUUUGUUAUAUUACAAAGUUUUUAACGAAAGUAUGGCGUAAUGUUUGUUGGAACUAUUUAAACUGUUUAAAACUAAAAAUUUGAAGAUUUUUAUUGUAUUUUUCGCGCGUUUUUUACAUACGAUUAUUUUAAGAGAUUUCACUAUCGGUUUAGAGAACUUGAAUUCAUAUAAGUGCACUUUAGAAAAAUGGAGCAGUUUCUAGUGGGAACGCCUCUAUUAUAAACUGAAUCAAAGGAAAUAUAUCACUGAAUUUGGAAAUAUCAUUUUGUUUUCUCAGCAGUUGCAAUCUCUGACCUGGAAUUCGAAGUUUAGUAAUGGGGUUCGAUACAAACUUUGAAACAAUAUUUCUAAAUUUCAACUAAAAGCGGAGAAGUUUCUAUGAAAAUUGAGUUCAAUAUUCUAUUCCUGGGUAGAAUGCUGUACAGGCUCAUCUUUUUGCUGGUGCAAAACCCUAUAAGGCAGAGUUUAUUCAUUACGGUAUUUAUCUUGUUUCUAACUAUUUAUGGUACUCACAGUGAAAUUGAUUCGACUUCGCGUUACAUAGCACUGACGAAUUGAAGAGAAAUGCACUUUUCGCGUAACGCUAUGCGACCCAUUUCUUUUUUAGUGCUACACAUCCCAAAUAUAUCUUCCUGGAACGUCCUUUCCACAUUUCUAUUUCUCUAAACAACAGAUUAUACCAAAAAUCACCGCGAUAAGAUUAAAUUUUAGAUCCUUAAUAAAUUAAAAACAUGGACAACCUUAUUUAAGUAUUUAAUUACGGCAUCAUAAAUAAAAAUUACAAAAAAAAACACUAGAAACGAAUUACAUAAUUAGGAGAAAAUCAUAACACCAAGAAAUUUAGUGUGUAGUUGACAUACAAUCAAUGAUAAGCAAUAAUUAUUGGAGAACAUAAUCAAAUUGAAGGAAUCGCAUUCACAACGAAAAAGGCUCUUAACAAUGUUUAUAGAGGGUAUCUCCCGAGUUUCCCAUUAAAAUAAAAUUAGAAUAAGCAAUAAACGACGAAUCAGUUCUAGUAAUUUGUUGAUUGGCCGCAAAAUUACAAUGCCUUUUUGUGCUUUGGCAAAAAUCAUAAGGGAGACUAUCUUGUUAUUCAAAAUAAAUUCUACCGAAUCAAAAAUCGAAUUUUCACCGUUCAAACUGUAUACUGACACAUCCUGCAUGGGAAAAGUUGAGGUCCUUCGCAACAUAAGUAAAUGAAUGGUUUCCUAUAAAAAGGAUACCAAAAGAAUAAUCUAACACUUGAAGCCUUGCAUCAAUUUUUCUUAUCUUGCAGAAGAACGAAGUAAAAAUAUUCAUUGCGAGCAACAAAGAUUUUUCGACUAAGCGGAAUAGCCGUUUGUGAGUUUCUUUUAAGUAUUAUUUUAGUAUUUGUCUAUUUAAGAAGGAAUAUUACAAAGAUAUCUACAGUUUCAGAGCAAAUGCAUUAUAAUUUUGAUUUGUUGUAAAUUAUAUAUGAGUAUUUGGUUAAUUUUUAGGAUAUUCAGUUGGAUUAAAUAGUUGAAAAUGCAAGGAUAGUUGUUAAGAAAGUUAUUUGAAUUUCUAAGAGUUUUAUUUUUCUGUAAAAAAUAUAAUUAAUAAUAAAUUCUAUAUAACUUGGAA